AUGGAAGAUUUGAUGGACAUGGACAUGAGCCCCCUGGGGACCCAGAACUAUCUUUUCAGUUGUGAACUAAAGGCCGACAAAGAUUAUCACUGUAAGGUAGAUAAUGAUGAAAAUGAGCACCAGUUAUCUUCAAGAACGGUCAGUUUAGGGGCUGGCGCAAAGGAUGAAUUGCACAUUGUCGAAGCAGAGGAGAUGAAUUAUGAAGGCGGUCCAAUUAAAGUAACACUGGCAGCUUUGAAAAUGUCUGUGCAGCCAACGGUUUCCCUUGGGGGCUUUGAAAUAACACCACCUGUGGUCUUAUGGUUGAAGCGUGGUUCAGGGCCUGUGCGUAUUAGUAGACAGCACUUAGUAGCUGUGGAGGAAGAUGCAGAGUCAGAAGAUGAAGAGAAGGAGGAUGUGAAACUCCUAAGUAUACCUAGAAAGCGCUCUGCCCCUGGAAGUGGUAGCAAGUUUCCACAGAAAAAAGUAAAACUUGCUGCUGAUGAAGAUGAAGAUGAUGAAGAAGAUGACGAUGAUGAUGAUGACUUUAAUGAUGAGGAAGCUGAAGAAAAAGCUCCAGUAGAGAAAUCAAAAGGUCAAGAAUCCUUCAAAAAACAGGAAAAAACUCCUAAAACACCAAAAGGACCUAGCUCUGUAGAAGACAUUAAAGCAAAAAUGCAAGCAAGUAUAGAAAAAGAUGGUUCCCUUCCCAAAGCGGAAGCCAAAUUCAUCAAUUAUGUGAAGAAUUGUUUCCAGAUGACUGACCAGGAGGCUAUUCAAGGUCUCUGGCAGUGGAGUAAGUCUCUUUAA